AUGGCUUCCACCACCAAACCUGCUAUCCCGCCGGUGGCGCUGGACACCAUUACCCAGCACAUCGGCAACACCCCUUUGGUCCGCCUGAACCGCCUGCCCCGCAGCUUGGGAAUCGAUGCCACCGUCUACGCGAAGCUGGAGUACUUCAAUGCCGGUGGCAGUGUCAAGGAUCGCAUUGCCCUGCGCAUGAUCGAGGAGGCCGAGCGCGAGGGUCGUAUCAAGCCUGGCGAUACCUUGAUUGAGCCGACCAGCGGCAACACUGGUAUUGGUCUGGCGCUGGUGGGUGCUGUCAAGGUCGUGCUAAUCCGUUCGGGCUCGUUCCGCGACACAGGCUACAAGACCAUCAUCACCCUCCCCGAGAAAAUGUCGGCGGAGAAGGUUGCCGUUCUCCGCGCUCUGAACGCAACCAUCAUCCGCACCCCCAACGAGGCCGCCUAUGACUCUCCAGAGUCCCACAUCGGUGUCGCCCGGCGCCUGCAGAAGGAAUUGCCCAACGCCCACAUCCUGGACCAGUAUGGCAACGUGAACAACCCCAACGCCCACGAGUUUGGCACCGCCGAGGAGAUCUGGGCCCAGACCGAGGGCAAGGUCAGCGCCGUUGUGGCCGGCGCCGGUACUGGUGGUACCAUCACGGGUAUCGCCCGCGGCCUCAAGAAGCACAACCCCAGCGUGGACGUCAUCGCGGCGGACCCGCAGGGCUCUAUUCUGGCCCUGCCGGCGUCCCUCAACGACGCCCAUGCCAAUGAGCCUUAUAAGGUCGAGGGUAUUGGGUAUGACUUCAUUCCGGACGUGCUGGACCAAAAGAUUGUCGAUCGCUGGUACAAGACGGCCGAUAAGGAGUCUUUCCAGUACUCUCGUCGUUUGAUCGCCGAAGAAGGUCUGCUUGUGGGCGGCAGCAGUGGCAGUGCCAUUGCUGCACUGGUGCAGGCGAACGAGGAGCGCAAAUUCGCCCAGGACGACGUCGUCGUGGUCGUUCUCCCGGAUAGCAUUCGGAGCUACCUGUCCAAGUUCGCCGAUGAUGACUGGCUCGCUGCCAACGACCUCCUCGCCACACUCCCCGCCGAGCCUGCGCAGAUCCAGCCGCCCCCGUUACAGCAGAUCCCCUGGCUGGCGCCAAGGGGCUUCGACCAGCUGCCCGUCCUCGCCCCGUCCGGUCGGAAACUCGUCGGCUUGAUUACCCUGGGCAACGUCCUCAGCCGCCUGACUCACGGCCGGGCCACGGGCAAGACCCCUGUCUCCGAGGUCAUGUUCGAUUUCUCGAAGAUCAACGAGGUCGUCACCGACGCGCGUGCCCUGGGCCGGUCCCCCAGCGCCGGUGCCCGCCGCCAGUUCAUGGAGAUCACCAUGGACACGCCUCUCAGCGUGCUGAACCGCUUCUUCGAAUGGAACAGUGCGGCCGUGGUUACUGAGAAGGACGAGAGCGGCGCCCUGAAGCCGCUUGCUAUCGCCACGAAGGUCGAUCUGCUCACCUGGAUGCUACAUCAUGGCAAGGUGAAUGGUGCUGAGGCUUAG